AGUUCACCAACUACCAAACAUUCUCAAAUCCCACAAUCUCACUAAAAAGUUGUUGGAGAUUAGGUCUGUCGUCUCAAUCUCUCUCAUCUCCACCUUCAUUCUCUCUCUACAUUACCAUAUAUAUAUACACAUACAUUAUACAUACAUGACAUACAUGCAAGAACUCAAAAUGACUUUCUUCAAUUCAAUACUCGAGCGGUUCGUCUCGCGGUGGCCUCUUCUCCUCUACGCCGCCACGUGGACCGCGAUCCUCACGAUGACGGUGGCGGUGGCGUCGUUCUCCCCAGAGGCGGCGUUCGUGUCGGCGAUCACUCCAACCUCCGCCUUCUCGCGGCGGUGCGAGGCGGCGGCGGAGGGAUUCGUGAGGCUUCCGAUGGAUGUUCCGACGGAGUUUCUGUGCUUUCCGGCUCACAUGUUCCGGCGGUCUAAGAUGGACCUGGUGGUUCCGCCGGUCUUCGCGGCGGUGAUCGUCGCUUGCUCCGCUUACGUGGUCCGAGCCUUAGGGUUGUGGGAGGUGGAUGAUGAGAGUCGUUAAAGACUUGGAAGCGUAAAGUUGUCAAUCUCACAGUCACCGUUUGUUUUCUUUCUCAAUGUUCACGAUUUUAGAAGAUGAGUUUUUUAUUUUAUUUUAUUUUAGAAAUAGAAAUCUUUGAGGGUUGUAAAUGAGUUAAAUAAUUACAUUUGUGUGAAUUUUGGAAUGAAAAUUGCCUACUCCCUUAGCCUAUGUUUUAUUAA